CUACUCUAUGCAUCAAGGUGACCUUCCUGGAAGUUUCCCUCCAAGCAUUGGUAGGAUAUCUUUUGGAGUCCCUUUCUUGGAGUCACUAAACAACCUUUCAUCUGCCUUUGUUGCAUGGAUGGAUGGAUGACCACUUGAUCUUGUCUGGUUUUACCACUGUAAUUCUCUGGGAUGGUCAUGGCCAUUGCAUACUUUAAGCCUUUUGCUAGCUCCUAAGCUCCAAGCAAGUAGAAUAAUGAGUAGGAUAAGUUUAGGGUCAGAAGUGUGCCUCCUAGUGCCUAAACAAACUGCCUGCAUGUGGGGGGUAUGAUGUCCUUUUGAUAUGGCAUAUCAUCCCUUGUGUGCCUCUAUAUAAAGGCCCCCCAACUCAACAUCCCUCUCAUCUCAUACCACACUAGCCACCAGUCUACAAGCUGUCUGCCUAGCUGCACUCCUCCUCUCUUUGCCUUGCACCAAGCUUCCUGAGCAUACCAUGAAGAUUGGAGGCCAAGGGAAGCUCAACAGGGCUUUCAGGGAGAAGAGGGCUAGGUUCUACAUCUUCCGCCGCUGCGUCGUCAUGUUGCUCCGAUGGAGCGACUGAUGGGUCUCCAUGGCGGAUCUUGUUUUUUCCUUCCAUUCUAGGAUUUUUUUUUUGGCACAGCCAUUUUUUCAGGGUUAGAGUAGUUUAGGUGUAGUUGCUCUGUAUAGGCUAGACUUCAUUGUUUGAGGUCCUUUUUUCUCUCCAUGGUUGCCUGUUGUCACAGGCAAAGGGGGAGAGAUCCAACUCAGUAGUCUGAGACUGUCAUCUUCUUGUACGACUGGAGAAAGAUUGAUGUGAAGAUCAUUUCUUA